AUGAGACGGUUUCGCACGCAACCCGCCACGCUACUGCUGCUGCUUCUAGUGGUAGCCAUUGUUUCGCACAGUACAGCACAGCAGCAGCUCACCUACAGGAAGUACAUUCGCACACGCAAACCAUCGCAACCGGCCGAACUGCACGUAGAAGAGGUGCUAGAGGUGUUUCGUACCGAUGAGAAACCUUCGCUCUACGGUGUCAGUAAUGCGCUGGUGAAUCACUUCCUUGCCAAACAGUUGUUGCACCCUACCAGAACGGCUGCUACCGACCGUACCAGUACGGUACCGACGUUAGCGACCACACCGACAACUGCACCGGACACGACCACAGGACCCACCACCUAUCCAACGCCGGUUUACGAGAAUGAAUAUCCGUUGUACAAGUAUCUAUUUCGUCCAUCAAUCACUGUUACCAAAUAUGGCGGCUAUCCGGACGCUAGUACCAUCCUCAUCAAGGAGGCCGACCCGAUGAUAACGCACACAGCUUCGGACGAGCCAGCGUUACGUUGA